AUGGUCUAUGCAGCUUCUACCAAGCAUCCCAAAGGACUCCGGCUCCUUGCGCUCGAUGGCGGUGGCGUCCGGGGUAUCAUGGGCCUCGUCAUCCUCAGAGAGCUCAUGCUUCGCGUCCAGAAGAAGAAAGGCCUCAAGACCAUUCCCCUACCGGCUGACUACUUUGAGCUCGCUGGCGGUACUAGCACAGGCGGUAUCAUGGGUAUCAUGCUCUUCCGUCUUCGCAUGAGCGUCGACGACACCAUUGAUGAGUAUGACAGAAUCGCCAAGACCAUCUUUAGCCCCAAGAUCUACGGCUGGGAUAUCAGUUGGAUCCCUGGUUCAUCGUACCUCAACAACAGCAAGGCUUUAGUCCAGGACAGCAGAUUUGAUGCUGGGUCUAUGAGUAAGGCUAUUGACGAGGUUGUUGAGAAGUUUGGCCUCGAUGAGAACGAUAAGAAGCUUAAGGGCAACGCCCCUCUUCAGCACGAAGGUGGUGCACGGAUAGCUGAGUCUAUGUUGAUGCGCACCUAUAAGGACAAGACCAUCUACACCAAGUCCAAAGUCAACGAUGCUCUACUCAAACACGGCGACAAACUCACCAUCAGCAUCGCCGCACGCGCAACAUCUGCUGCCCCAACCUUCUUCCCUGAGGUGAAGUUCCCUGAAGACAAGCCUGAGUUGGUGUUCUGGGACGGCGGCCUUCUGAACAACAACCCUAUUGACCAGCUCUGGUACACACGCUUUGAGCUCGUUGACCCCAAAGACCCUUCACCCCAGAUCUCUUGCGUCAUCAGUCUCGGUACUGGCUACGUCAGCCCAGGAAAGGCAAAGCAGUCUUGGAUCAAGGUUGUUGGAGUGGCAUCCAAGGUCAUGGACUUUGCUACCAACACCAACGCCAAGGGCAAAGACUUUUCACGUCACAUGACGCAUCUCAAUGAGAGGGAUGAGCACAAGGAUACCAAGUACAUUCGUUUUAACCCGUUCUUGAAGGAGGAGAUUGGUCUUGAUGAGUAUUUGAGGAUGGAUGAUCUCAAGUUGAUCGCUCAAAAGACCAUGGAUGACCCUAACCCUACGAACCAGUUUUGGAUCAACCAAGCUGUGGAUGCUAUUUGCGCAUAG